AUGCGUGUGUGUGUGUGUGCACCUGUGUGUUAAACCAGCAUUGUUCCUGAUAGAAGGAAAGCUGUGCCACGCUGUUUGGAAAAUCCAAGGUCAUUGGAGCCCGGUCACAUGCGCCGUAUGAGAGCGUGCGUGUGUGAUUGAGUGUCUGUGAGAGCGUGUGUGUCUCUCUCUCCCUCUCUCUCUGGCUAUGUGACAGAGAAAGAGGCUUCAGGCAAAGAACAGAGAAUUUCAUCAGGUUUUCAAUGUACGGUGUUUGUGGAUGCUGUGGGGCCCUGAGACCCCGUUAUAAGAGGCUGGUGGAUAACAUCUUUCCUGAAGACCCUGAGGACGGUUUGGUGAAAGCUAACAUGGAGAAGCUUACGUUUUAUGCCUUGUCUGCUCCGGAGAAACUAGACCGUAUCGGUGCCUACCUGUCAGAGAGACUAUCCAGAGACGUUGCCCGGCAUAGAUAUGGGUAUGUUUGUAUUGCUAUGGAGGCUUUGGACCAGCUACUGAUGGCCUGUCACUGUCAGACUAUAAACCUUUUUGUGGAGAGUUUCCUUACUAUGGUGCGCAAGCUGCUGGAGGCAGACAAACCCAAUUUACAGAUCCUGGGCACUAACUCAUUUGUGAAGUUUGCGAACAUAGAGGAGGACACACCAUCAUACCAUCGUAGCUACGAUUUCUUUGUCUCACGCUUCAGUGAGAUGUGCCAUUCCAGUUACGAGGAUCCAGAUAUUCGCACAAAGAUUCGUAUGGCAGGGAUCAGGGGUCUUCAGGGGGUGGUGAGGAAAACUGUCAAUGAUGAACUGCAGGCAAAUAUUUGGGACCCUCAACACAUGGACAAAAUCGUGCCAUCUCUAUUGUUCAACCUCCAACAGGAAGAAGGUGUAGAGAGGUCUCCUUCCCCAGAGGCAGAGAAGGAGAGUCCAGUGGAGCUGACAGAGAGAUGCUUUCGAGAGCUGCUAGGACGAGCGGCCUACGGCAACAUCAAGAAUGCUGUGAAACCCGUGCUCAUGCACCUCGAUAACCAUUCACUUUGGGAGAGCAAAACAUUUGCAGUCCGCUGUUUCAAAAUCAUUAUGUACUCCAUUCAGUCCCAACAUUCACAUCUGGUGAUUCAGCAGCUAUUGGGCCACUUGGAUGCCAACAGUAAGAAUUCAUCCCGAGUGCGUGCUGGGAUAGUGGAGGUGAUCUCAGAGGCAGCUGUCAUAGAGGCCAGUGGAUCCAUAGGGCCCACAGUACUGGAAGUGUUUAAUACUCUACUGAAGCAGCUCAGACUCAGUGUGGACUACGAGCUUACAGGAUCCUACGACUCUUUUGCAAACAUGGGCUCCAAGGUCAUUAAAGUACACGAGGAGAGACAACUCCAAGAAGCCGUCAUCAAAACUGUCGGCUCAUUUGCAAACACACUGCCCCCCUACCAGCGCUCAGAAGUCAUGUUAUUCAUCAUCGGUAAAAUUCCUGUGCCAGGCAUGUAUCCGGCUCUGGGCUCGGCCAACACUGGGGUUGAGGGCAGUAGGAUGAUCCAGGUUCUGCUGCUAAAGUCUCUGCUGCAGGUAACAGCAGGAUUCCAGUCUACAAACAUUUUGACAGCACUUCCCACCUCAUUCCUGGACCCUCUCUUGUCCUUCACUCUGAUGGAAGACGCAGAGAUCCGUCUACUCGUUCUUGACAUCCUCAUCAGCAUCAUUGAUCGCCAUGACAACCGGAACAAAUUCUCCCCUGUCAGAAUUAUCUCAGAUAUCUCCGUACUGAAGCUGAAAGUAGACAAGUGCUCAAGGCAGGAUAACCUGUUCAUGAAGAAACACAGCCAGAGGCUAUACCGCCACAUUUACCUAGCCUGCAAAGAGGAGAGCAACGUCCAGCGGCAUUUUGAGUCUCUUUAUACGCUGCUGGGGUUGAUCUGUGUGGAGCUGGCCAAUGAGGAGGUGGUGGUGGACCUGAUCCGACUGGCUUUGGCAUUACAGGACCUGGCCUUGACUGAAGAGGCUCUUCCUGUAUAUACCCGCUGUGCCAUCCACGCUCUGUCAGCUGUGUACCUGAACCUCAUCUGUCAGCUGACCACUGUGCCUACCUUCUGCCAACACGUCCAUGAGGUGAUUGAGUCAAGAAAGAAACUCGUCCCUUUCCUGCUGCCAGAGGAUGUUCUUGUUGAGAGCUCAAAGAUCCCAGAGAAGCUGGAGAAGGUGGAGGGAGAGGUGCUGUUUGUGCAGACUAAGAUAGCAGAGAUGCUGGGCGGCAGCGGAUACAACACAGAGAGACUGGCCACUUCAUACAUCCCACAGAUCACAGAUGAAGACCGACUGUCCAAGAGGAAGAGUAUUGGAGACACGGUCUCUCUGCAGUUAGAGAUGGAGUCUAGAAACAGUCCAGAGAAAGAGCAGAGAUCCACAGCAGAGCAGAUAACAUUUGAAACUCUUAAGCAAGCCAUUGUAGACAGCGUGAAUGUGGAGGAGCUGGAGAGAGAGCGCAGAAGGCAGGUGGUGGAGAGGUUUCAGACCGCCCCGUUUGAGGAGAUAGCAGCCCACUGUGGGGCCAGGGCUUCCCUGUUGCAGAGUAAACUCAAUCAAAUCUUCGAAAUCACAAUCAGGCCUCCACCGAGUCCAUCUGGCUCUGUCGGAAACGGUCACGGCCGGAGCCGCUCCAUACCAGUCUAUGAAAUGACGUUUCCAGACCUCUGUGUGUACUGAGAGACCCAGGAGCCCUAGUCACCACAUGCAGCUGUUUUCAUCCCACUAUUAUCACUCCUUCUCAAUGUCCAGGUGCAACUCUGUUUCUUCUAAACUGUGUUCUCUAGUGUAAUAUCUGACUUUAGAUAAGGAUUACGGCUGUACUUUAUCCUGAAGUCUAUUUAUGCCAACAAAGACAAACAAACCAAGAGAAUAUACCAUAUGUUGGUUAUAUAUGCACUUAAAAACUUAGUCUAGAUGAAAA